AUCUAGGGGAAAAGCCCUUCAGAAUCAUAUCAUUUGAGUAUCGUAGAAUCGUAACAACGUCCAGAAGUGUCGUCAGCAAAUAUCCAACUGCAGUGUAUCUACGCGUCGCGCUAAACAACAUGAGUGGUUAUUUAUGUUUUUUGUUACUGUUGUUAUAGUGCUGAAGGCCACCUUGAAUUGAAUCACACGCCUUUGCCACCCCUACCCGCCGUCGCAUCAGGCAUCAGUCCGAGCAGCGAGAACUUAGAGAUGUCGAUGACACACCUAGCCGGCAUGUUUGGCAAAGAGACAAAGUCUGACGCGAGUUGCAAUCAGAGCUAUGAGGAAGAAAACGGCUGCAACAAUAGCUACUCCGAAACCUCCCAACUAAGUGCACAGCCAGAAUUAGAAGCUACUGUACGAGAAGAGCCGCCCAUACGCGUGCGCGAUAUGAUUAAUUUAUAUAAUUUUGCGACGCAAAAGAACCAGGAAUUGGCGCAUGCCAAGUCCAUAUAUUUCGGUGGCAACCUUAAGAGUGCAACGUCAAUGGAGCUCAGAGACUUGGAACUGGCACAGCAACAACAGGCGGAACAGGAGUUCUGUGACGGCAUUUGCCUUAAAAUUCCAACAAUGGAUGGUAUGGGGCACGCCAGCAGCAAUAGCAGCCGUCUACACAGUAAGAAAACGGGCAACUUUCGUGUGACCACAGCCAAUGACCAGACAUCACUGCGACAGUCGCUGCAGGCGGAUGCCGCCCCCGGCGCGUCCGUUGAGAAAUCAUAUCAGAGCAAGACAACUAUUAGGCGCACCGAACAGGGCGUUCGCAUUAUAAUUGACAUCUUCUUUGACAAGAACGAGAGUGAUAUUGACAUCGUAGGCAGUCGUGUGGAGACGGACAUUCCAGAGAGCCGUAUUUUGGCCGAUUUCCAGCAACACUCGUUGGCCAUGCGCUCACAGCAAGUCAAGCAACAACACAAUGUUUAACGCGUUUUAAUCAAUUCCAUAUAUAUACAUUUUCACUUUGUAGGAUAGGACGUCACAAAAUUUUUUGUUAUGUAUACGUAUCGUUGUACAGUUUGUUUGUUCGACAACACGCAUUUAGUUUAUUCAAUUGUAGUAGUUUCUAUUUAUACGAA